AUGUCGAACGCUAUAAUCGAAGGGUAUAACACCCUAAUGAACGAUCACAGUGACAAAAGGGUUAAUGAUUGGUUCCUUAUGAGCAGUCCCUUGCCUACCAUGAUUAUAUGCCUGACAUAUGUAUUCAUCGUAAAGUUUUUGGGACCGUGGUUGAUGAGAGACCGCAAACCAUUCCAACUACGAAAAACAUUAAUCAUUUAUAAUUUACUGCAAGUCAUAUUCUCCUCGUGGAUCUUCUUCGAAGCAUGGGACGGUGCGUGGGGUAACGGUUACAGUCUCGGAUGCGAACCUGUCGAUUACUCCACAUCCCCGGCCGCCAUGAGAGUAGCUCGAGGUUGCUGGUGGUACUUCUUUUCUAAAUUCACGGAAUUCUUCGAUACCUUCUUUUUCGUUAUGCGCAAGAAAUACGAUCAAGUAUCAACGCUGAACGUAAUCCACCACGGAAUCAUGCCGAUGAGCGUGUGGUUCGGCGUCAAGUUCACACCCGGCGGUCACAGCACGUUCUUCGGACUUCUCAACACGUUCGUGCAUAUAAUCAUGUACUCGUACUACAUGUUGGCCGCCAUUGGUCCUCAAAUGCAAAAGUACCUCUGGUGGAAGAAAUACUUGACUGUGCUCCAAAUGGUCCAAUUCAUUUUGGUGUUCAUCCACGCAUCCCAAUUGCUGUUUACUGAGUGCGAUUACCCUAAGGCAUUCGCUUAUAUUAUCUCGCUGCACGCCGUAAUGUUCUACUUACUGUUCCAUAACUUCUACCAAAAAUCGUACAAGAAAAUGGAGGAUAAGAAGAAGAUGGCUCAAAUGAAGAAGGACGACGACAACCGGGCACACAACUGA